GCUGAGGGCAUUUUCAAGUGUUUCUUCCCCUCGAAGCCUGCUGGUGUCACUACCACAUCUCCACCUGAAGAGGACGUUGACACUUCGCAGAAAAACCUUCCCCUGUCAAAGCGCAAGGUGCCCAGUCACACUAUUCCUGUGCUUGAUGAGACUGAAAUUUCUGAGCUUGCUAAGCGUUUCGCAGAUGCUAUCCCAGAGAACGAGCUAAGCGUUGCCGCACUUCAAGGUUACUUGUUAAAGAAUAAGGUUUACCUGCGCGAAUGUGUCGAC